UCUCUUCAUACACAUUCCUGGCGGUGACGUCAUUUCCGCACAGUGUGGGUGUCUCCGGCCCAGGGAUGAGGUUGUGAGCUGUGACCUGUGUUGGGGCGGCCCGGGGCCGGGUGCUGCUGCUACUGGGGGCCGAGCAGCGCAGGAUCGGGGGGGGAAGGAGGGUCCAUUAUGUGCGCCUCGGUCAAGUACAACACCCGGGGUCCAGUCCUGAUCCCCAGAAUGAAGUCUAAGCACCGCGUCUACUACAUUGCCCUCUUCUCCGUCGUGCUCCUGGGCCUCAUCGCCACGGGCAUGUUUCAGUUCUGGCCGCACAGUAUCGAACCGUCCGCCGACUGGAUCGCCGAGAAGCGCAGCGUCCACGACGUGCCGGCCGUCAAGCUGUCAGAGAGCAGCCCGCUGCCGGAGAGGGGAGACCUGAGCUGCCGGAUGCACAUGUGCUUCGACGUGUACCGCUGCGGCUUUAACCCCAAAAACAAGGUCAAAGUUUACAUCUACCCUUUAAAGAAGUACACGGAUGAGUAUGGGAGCACGGUGGGCGGCACUAUCUCCCGGGAGUACAAUGAGCUGCUGACUGCUGUAUCUGAGAGCGACUUCUACACCGAUGAGGUCACCAGAGCGUGCCUGUUCCUGCCGUCUAUCGAUGUGCUGAAUCAGAAUAACCUGAGGAUUAAGGAGACGGCGCAGGCCUUGGCCAAGCUACCCAGAUGGGACCAUGGUACAAACCACUUGUUAUUUAAUAUGCUGCCUGGCGGCCCCCCGGACUAUAACACCGCUCUGGAUGUGCCCCGAGACAGAGCGGUUCUGGCCGGAGGAGGAUUCUCGACAUGGACGUACCGCCAGGGUUAUGACGUCAGUAUUCCUGUAUACAGUCCUCUCUCUGAAGUGAACUUACCUGAGCGGCACCCUGGUCCCCGCACUUUCUUCCUCGUCUCGUCCCAGACGGCCGUGCACCCCGAGUUCCGCGCCGACCUCGAGACCAUCCGAGCAGAGAACGGAGAGUCCGUCUUGAUCCUUGACAAAUGUAGCAAUCUGUCUGACGAUUCGCCGCCCCAUCGCAAGCGCUGUCACAAGAACAAUGUCUACGACUAUCCACAGGUCCUGCAGGAAACCACGUUCUGCUUGGUCCUCCGCGGGGCCCGCCUUGGACAGGCCGUUCUCAGUGACGUCUUGCAGGCCGGUUGUGUACCAGUUAUUGUUGCGGAUUCAUAUAUUUUGCCUUUUUCUGAGGUUCUGGACUGGAAGAGAGCAUCUGUGGUGAUCCCAGAGGAGAAAAUUCUGGAAAUGUUCAGUAUCUUGCAGAACCUCCCACAGCGACAAGUGGAAGAGAUGCAAAGACAGGCUCGUUGGUUCUGGGAAGCUUAUUUUAGGUCCAUGAAAUCCAUUGCUCUGACUACACUACAGAUCAUCAAUGACAGAAUCUACCCGUAUGCAGCGAGGUCAUAUGAAGAGUGGAACGACCCUCCAGCUGUGAAAUGGAGCAGCGUGAGCAACCCCCUCUUCCUGCCGCUGAUCCCACCUCAAUCUCAGGGGUUCACCGCUGUGGUGUUGACCUACGACCGUGUCGAGAGCCUCUUCAGAGUCAUCACAGAGGUGUCCAAGGUCCCCAGCCUCUCCAAGCUCCUGGUGGUGUGGAAUAACCAGAAUAAGAGUCCACCAGAAGAAAGUCUAUGGCCCAAAAUCCGGGUUCCCCUGAAGGUGGUGAAGACGACAGAGAAUAAGCUGAGCAAUCGCUUCUUUCCUUAUGAUGAAAUUGAGACGGAGGCGGUGCUCGCCAUCGACGAUGACAUCAUCAUGUUGACGUCUGACGAGCUGCAGUUUGGCUAUGAGGUAUGGAGGGAGUUUCCUGACCGGCUUGUUGGAUAUCCAGGACGCCUCCACCUAUGGGACCAUGAGAUGAACAAAUGGAAGUACGAGUCCGAAUGGACCAAUGAAGUGUCGAUGGUGCUGACCGGAGCCGCAUUUUAUCAUAAGUACUUCAAUUACCUGUACACCUACAAAAUGCCCGGCGACAUCAAGAACUGGGUGGACGCCCAUAUGAACUGUGAAGACAUCGCCAUGAAUUUCUUGGUCGCCAACGUAACGGGGAAGGCGCCUAUCAAGGUGACGCCUCGCAAAAAGUUCAAGUGCCCCGAGUGCACCGCCAUCGAUGGGCUGUCGCUGGAUCAGACUCAUAUGGUUGAAAGGUCAGAAUGUAUUAAUAAAUUUGCCACCGUAUUCGGCACCAUGCCCCUGAAGGUGGUGGAACACCGCGCCGACCCCGUGCUCUACAAAGACGACUUCCCCGAGAAGCUGAAGAGUUUCCCCAACAUCGGCAGCCUCUGAUCGAGAGCGUGUAGUCUGUCUGACCGCUAUGACAUCAUCAGUCCCCGCCCCCCCCGCCUGUCUUUACAUCGCAGAACUUUCUCGAGACGUGUUUUAUAUCUGACUGCUGGAUCGAGUGGCGUCUGCGCAAUACUGUAAAUAUCUGCCAUUGUGGAUCUCUGGGGUCAUGUAUACGGAACUUUACAGUAAUGGCGUAAUUCCUGAAGUACGAUGGCGCCAGUGUUACCAUGUUGGACGACCCAUGUAUGGAGCCAGGAGCCAGUUUGGUAUCCAGGGUACUUGGGUUACCGCCACAACCAGAUACUGUUUACAGCAGAGACGAUAUAACAGGCGACUGCAGGAGAACGCUGCCUGUUCGGUCACGUCAUUUCAGCGCCAUUUUGUACCCCAUGGAAUUGUCGCCGUCUUAACAAUAGAAGAGAACAGGAAAUAUUCUGUAUCCAUUUUUUAUUAUGUGAUUUUAUUAUUAUAAUUUUUUUUUUUAAUAAAGGGGUCCUCCACUGCCCCAGUGUCCGGAACAUUUAGUUCCGAACAAUUUGUGCGGGCUGCGGGAGUCGUGAGGUAAUGGCCUCGCCCCCAUGAUGUCAUGCCACGCCCCCUUCAAUGCAAGUCUAUGGGAGGGGGUGUGGCGAAUGCCACGCCCCCUCCCAUAGACUUGCAUUGAAGGGGGCAUGGCAUGAUGUCACGGGGGCAUUCCGAAUUAAAUGUUCCAGACGCUGGGGCAGUGGAGUACCCCUUUUAAUCCUCCCCCCUCCCUCUAGUCACAACCAAAGCUGCGUUUACCUUUCUGCAGGAAGUUGGCAGAGAUAUCUGUUCAGAUGUGACCGAUUUGUCAUCUGAGCUCCCACAAUGCACUGCUGUCUGGUGACGGGAAUCCGGCAGAAUUUUGAAGGCAGGUUUGGCAGUGACUGGAGUAGGCACGUAAGGUAAGUAACGUAUUGGCCAUGUAGCUUAGUGUUUUAGGUGGAUAUACACUGUGGAAAUGUUGUGGAGUUAUUUCCGUUUUUAAGUUGUUUUAUCCUAAAUAUUUUUGUAUAUUCAUUGUUGAGAUUUUCUGCUUUUACAGAUCGGCUGCACGACCACAGAUCUGAUUUUAUUUUUUAAUAUAUUUUAAUGAUUUAAUAUUGA